GACGACAAUCCGACACCACCGGAGAGAGAUCAAGCGCAGGUCAGCAGAAAGGAGGCCACAGUACAUUUUUGACAGCAACCACAAAUAAUGCUCUCCAGAAAAAAAACUACAGUUGUCGGAGCCAAGCUGUCAUGUCAAAUUGUCAAUAAAGGACGCAAAAUUGUAGAAAAAUUCAACGUUAAUAUGGGAGAAGUUAGUAGAAUAUUAGUGAAACAUGUCUGAUAGUAAAUGUGUAACAUUAUACAUUAAUUUAUUAUUAACACUGAAUCAUGGAGUUUUCGACGGAAACUUGGCGUAUCAAGCAUCCAAGGCACUGGAUCCCCGUCAAACACGGCAAAGCGGAUGAGAAAGAAAAAUCACCAUGUAAAUUACGAGCGAAAACAACAAAAGACACAGAGAAAGAAGAGAAGAGAAAGACAGCUUUAGCUCUGUGCUUCCUCUGCAAGAGAAAGAAGUUCAUUCCGGUGCCCAAGGAACCAUCCCUGCUCUCUCUGGCUACGACCCUCAAUGACAGCUGCUGUCAAUGCUGCCGGAUCCUGGCAUGUUACUUGAAGGAGGUUAUCCAGUGCCUCUUCUGCAUGAUCAACUGUCGCAUCCCCUGCAUGCAGUUUGAAGAGCUAUUCUGUGACCUGCUGGACGCGACUGGCUGUAUGUUCACAGACUUCUUCAAGUUCAUUCGCGCCUUCUUGAAGGUGUGCGUCGGGACUAAGGAUUAGUUUAUGUUCUGUCUUUGUGCUCGUUUUGUGGAAGCUGUGCGAUAAAUAUGUUGGAAUCUUG